CGGAGCGAGCGAGGCCAGCUCUGCAGAAGGCGGCGGCUAGUUCGCCGGGACGGCCACAUCCCGCUGCAGGGGCCAGCGGAGGCAGCCGCACUGCCUCCCGCCCCGGGUACCCAGGCCAGCGGCCAGCCGCGCCGGAACCGCCCCUUGCUCACCGACAGACAGCACCGCCGGUCGGAGCUCUGGGGGCCCCGCAGCCCCGCAGCCCGCCCCCGCUACGCCUCCGCCCUCUGCUUGCAGCUCGGUCCCGCGCUGCCCGCGCUGGCGGGCCCGCUUCAGAAUGGGGUAGGGGCAACAUCACCAAGUCGGGCGAUGGGCCGCCCACUGGGCACCGAGCAGCCCCCCGAGGCCUGACCGACCGCAAGGACCGGCGGAGGAGCCCCGCCUGGAUGUCAAGCGGAUGCCCCAGUGCCUCCUAGCGGACUCGGUGGGGACCAUGGCUUCGCUGAUGCCCCUCUCCCCGUAUCUAAGCCCCACCGUCCUCCUGCUGGUCAGUUGUGACCUGGGCUUUGUGCGAGCAGACCGGCCUCCAUCUCCUGUGAAUGUGACAGUCACUCACCUCAGAGCCAACUCAGCCACUGUGUCCUGGGACGUCCCAGAAGGCAACAUCGUCAUUGGCUACUCCAUUUCCCAGCAACGACAGAAUGGCCCCGGACAGCGUGUAAUCCGGGAGGUGAACACCACCACUCGGGCCUGUGCCCUCUGGGGCCUGGCUGAAGACAGCGACUACACAGUGCAGGUCAGGAGCAUUGGCCUUCGGGGAGAGAGCCCCCCAGGGCCCCGGGUGCACUUCCGAACACUCAAGGGUUCUGACCGGCUGCCUUCAAAUAGCUCAAGCCCAGGUGACAUCACAGUAGAGGGUCUGGAUGGAGAGCGGCCACUGCAGACAGGGGAAGUGGUCAUUAUCGUGGUGGUGUUGCUCAUGUGGGCUGCUGUCAUCGGGCUGUUCUGCCGUCAGUAUGAUAUCAUCAAGGACAACGAUUCCAACAACAACCCCAAGGAGAAAGGGAAGGGGCCAGAACAGAGUCCUCAGGGAAGGCCAGUGGGGACAAGACAGAAAAAGUCACCAUCCAUCAACACCAUUGACGUAUGAGUGAAGAAACAGAACCAGAAAAGAGAUGCACUACGAACCUGGGGAUGGGGAUGGGGCCAGGGAGAGCCUAAGAUGGAGAUCUGCCCAAGACUAAAGGAUCCCACAGUCUCCCAGAAGAUAGUGACACUUCCACAAUCUCAGGCCUGGUACCCAUCCUCUUUCCACUGUGAGAAGGGCCAGAAGGUAUGUCUGUUAGGGUCUGUGCCUCUGAACCUGGGGAGUGGAUAUCAGAUGGGAUAAGUCCUUCCAUUCCCCAGGUCCAAAGGAGAAUCACUUGUUAAACCCAAUCCCAUUAGGUCCCAAAUGGGGCCCCCAUUUCACUUGUAUCACGACUCUCAGCAUCCUCAACUGCCCCCACAUCUUGCCUCUGGAUCUCAGAGAGGGGUGUUUCUGUGGGUACUCCUCCUCCCCAGCAAAUAAAAGGAACGGUCUGAGCUUAGAGACAGACGCUGCACUGCACUACUCCAAUGUCUUCCAUGGAGCCUCAGGUGCUCCCCUGUCACCUGGCAGUACCCCCAGCUGCUGGUGAUCUCACCCCUUGGACAUUUUUCCAAUAAAGGUUCUUGGACAAACUGGA